AUGGCGGUUGCCGGGGGUAUAGGUCUUACGCUCACUCCAAACGGGAAUAUCCAGCUCGCAAAUUUAACCUUCCUUAACCCCGACGGCCAUUCGAGGUCCUUUUCCGACGAUGCCGGCGGGUACGGCCGAGGCGAGGGUGCUAGCAUCCUCAUUCUAAAGCGAUUAGAUAAGGCUUUAAGGGAGGGAGAUCCCAUUCGUGCUGGAACGGGGACUCCAGCAGGCGAUCCCCUUAAGGCUGGGGCCAUUUACAGGACGAUUGGAUCAAGUGCCACAAAAUCGCGAAAACUUUUAAUUGGGAGUUUUUUAUUUAAAACGAACUCCAAAAUACGCUCGGCUAACAUUUUAAACCGGGGGCUUAAAAUUAGGUAUCUCGAAGCUGCUGCCGGUGUCGCGGGUAUAAUCAAGGGAAUAUUAAGGAUGGAAAAUGGUCUUAUACCGCCCAAUAUUUACUUUAACAAGCCCAAUCCAGCCAUCCUAUGGAAGGAAUGGAACAUGAAAGUACCCAGCAAAUUAACGCCAUGGCCUGUGUGCAAAACAAAACGGAUGAGCGUCAGCGGUUUUGGCAUGGGCGGCACCAACGGGCAUAUCGUGCUCGAAUCCUUUAAUCCCAACAACUGGACCGAUAUAUUGCCAGCAAACGGCGUAUCACGCGUGGAUCCCAGCAGCAAAAAAAGACUUUUCGUUUUUAGCAGCCACGACCAGGCAGGUUUUAAACGCAUCGCCGAAAAGCUCGUCGGACAUUUGGACGGUUUUGGUCCCGCCGCGUCGAGCCCAGGAUUCCUGGCGAAUAUAAGCUACACUUUGGCCACGGCGAAAUCUGGUUUAACAUAA